GUUCGAGUCCUCCUCAGUCAUGCUCGCUUUUCAAACAAAUGAUGGUGAUGCCGCUUGUUGGAUGCUAGAUGGGCGGGGUCAGAGUUUGUAAAGUGACAUCACUGCCCUCUGAAGUGAAUUUCGGUACUUGACCCCGUUGGAUGAAGACCGGGAGUCCGAUGGGCUUUUUGGUGGCGGUUUGAUCCUUUUUUACUUUAAUAAAUUGUCGCGUUAGGAUUCGGUAACCUUCCUUCACACUGAAGCUGAGCUCACGGUGAAACGCGAGGGUAAAGCGGCGGAUAGAGAUAAACGAUUGCUUUUUCUACGUUUGAUUAUCUUUAAGCAUUUACACAGGGAACCGCACACCUUGUCGCCGGUGUGAAGUCGUGCAGGAGACUGAAGGAGAGAAGUCCUAAUCAAAUCAAGCGCUUUCAAAAUCAUCUGAAGGGCAGUUAUUGAGUUGGCAAACACAUCCAUUAUCCCUGGGUUCAGUGUGUGAACAGCACUGGAUCCAGUGAGCAUAAAUAGCAGCAGCUGAUCGACGGGUAAUAUUGGAGAUGAAACCUGAUGGGGUGGCAACAGUACAAUCUGAACCAAUGGAAGCAGAAGGAACGGAACCUGUUACAGAAGCAACUAGCAGUGACAGUGCAUCUCAAAAUGGCACUACACAAUCACCUCCACAACCUGACGAACCCCAAAAUGAGCAAGUGGCUCCUCCGAAGGUGAAGGAAGCUUCUGGGAAAGCAGUAGAUGCUAAAAGCAAAUCCAAAGGUCCAAUCAAAGGCAAGACUACAGCAGCUGCUCCAGCUACCACUGGACAGGGCACAAGACCCAAAGCAACCCAAAGCCGUUUAGCAACUAAUGGCCUCACAAAGACUACAGCAAGUACCCUAACUAAGAAACCUAUUCCAGCUACUAAUGCAGCAGCAGACAAAAAGAAACCCACCACUACCAGUGGACCUUCUGGUGUCACAAAGAAACCUGUUGGCUCCUCAAAUGCUGUUGCAACCUCAAGACCCCAGCCUAAAGUUACAACUGUUGGAACUAGCAGAUCAACAACAACAACCACCACCACCACUGCUGCUGGAACAAAGACAGGAGCAGUUGUUGGCACUGCCUCCAGCCUAAGUAGGAGACCUGCCACUGCUGCUACUAGUGCUGCAACCAAACCCAAAUCCACAGCUCCAAGGCCAGCCACUGCUCCUGCUGCCAAACCCAGCACUUCAGCCACAGCCAAAACCACUGCAGCUCCCAAAACCAACAGGUCAACUGUAAAUUCUGCCCCACGAUCGGCUGCUACUUCUACUUCAACAGGAAGAGCCACAACAACUACUACAACUGCUGUUACUAAAACAAGUCGCACUGCUACACAACAACCUGUUAAACCCUUGGUUUCAGCAUCAGCUGCUCGGAAAGAUGUUGGAAAAACAAGCACUACAGCACCUGGGAAAAAAACAGUUGCUCCAACAUUGUCGCGUCCGGCUCCCAGCAAGUCUUUAAAUUCAGAUGCUCCAAAAUCAGCUGCAGCUUUAAAACGACCUCCUCCAGCCACCAAAGCACCUCAACUCAAACCAGAUGACAAAAAAAGUGUACCUACACGCAAGGUGCCUCCUAGUCCACGAAACAAUCCCUCACGACCAGCAUCAGGCAAAAACACUGCAGCAUCUCCUAGUCAUAAGCAAGCAGGUAGUGGCAGUGGAAAGCUUCAGCCAUCUAAACCAACACAGUCUGUUUUGCCACUUGUGAAAGGAAAGCCCAAUAAUAAAGAAACUGCAGCAAAGCCUGACAAUGAAGAACUUGCAACAGACCCUGUGCAACUAUCAGCAGUGGCAGUGGCUACUGUUGCAGUUACAACGGCUGCAGCAAUGGCCAGGGAAGAGUUUUCAUCAGAGCCUGAAACUACUCCAGCUACUGAGAGCUCUCUGCAUGCACCAGCUGCUUCUUUAGAUGUUGAGGAAAAUGUAGAUCUACAGCUCCCUAAUGUCAGCCACCAAAAUGUGCAGGAUGUUCCUGCAACUGGGCCAGAGACUGAGGAGAUCUUACUUGAAACAGAUCUUGUUAAAGAGGGAGAUUUGAAAUCCUCAGUUGUUAGUCAGGAAUCUGAAGAGCAGAUGUCUAGAAAAGCUGAUGAAAAGCUUAUUGCAGCUGUGGCACCAGUUUCACAGGAAGUCCCUGAGCAGGAAACAACCGUUUCACCAUUUGAUAUCUCUGCUGCCGCUGUAGUGCCCUCUGGUGUGGAGGUUGUUGAAAAAGCUGAACCGACCAACGGUGAGUGCUUUGAAGAUGUGGAAGAAGAAGAGAGGGAAGGUAGUCAGCAAGUAUCCCUGUCAGAAAUGAGUGGCACCCAGCCUACCGAAGAGUCUCGACCAGGGUCAGCUGGGCUAGCUGGGUCUGUUUGGCGGGCGGGUGCCUUGCUCUCUGAACUUGACUCUGAGGAUGUGAGUUGCAGCCAGCAGGGAGCAUCAGAAUUAAGUGCUCCGGGUGUUCUGGAGGGUACAGAAAGCAUGGAUGAUCUAGGUGAUGCAAGUCUUAAAGGAGCUGAUGGUGAAGGUGCAUCUGUGGGGUCCCCUGACUUUGAGAAGGUUCCUGAUAUUCUUAAUAAUGAAGAUGAUGAUGACGAUGAAGAUGAGGAUCGUGUUUGUGACAUGGAGGUAGGGUCAGAAAGAGCAGAGGACUCUCAUAGACAGCUUCAUGACAACGAUGAAGACGAUGAUGAAGAUGUUGAAAUGGCAAGUGAGGGAAUUACCGAGAGUGGGCUAGAAAGUUAUGGGAAUGCAGAUGAGGAUGACUUGACGGAAGACUACAGAUUAGACAACUUAAACAGAAUUCAGCCUCCUAUCAUUCCAUCUGCACCUCUGGCAACCCAGUGGAACCAGCCUAGUUGCUUUGCUGAUGCCUGGGCUCAGCCACCACAACCUGCGUCUACCCUACUAACAAGUCCGUCUUCUGAAUGUUGGCAAGCAGAUCCAGAAACCCCUACAGAGAAACCUGCACAAUCAAGAAUUGAUGUUUGCUCUGAAGCGGGGUCUUCCUCCCCUCUCCCGUCUAACCUUUUUGAACCCCCACCUUGCUCACCUCAACUAGCCACACUAACUGGUGCAGAGGGUGAUUCUGGCCCCAAACCAGGCUUGACGCCCUCUCAAACUUCCGAAUUCCAUGCUGAUAUGCCUAGUAAACCGGAACUAGCAUCUGAGACUAACAGAGACGUAGUUAGAUCAGAGAAGGUGGAAACUUACAACAACUCUGGCAUUGGGACAAAUUCCAAAGAAGAGCUACAGCAAGAACCACUAAACCCUGUUCCCACAGUCCUGCCUGACAUCAUGCAGGACUUAGGAAUUCACCUUGAAUGUGCUGAUGAAGAACAACCAGAAACAAUGCCAGCAGAAGAUGUUUUGGGUGGCCCACCAACUGCUCAAUCAUCAUCUUCAUCAGCUACGGAGGAUGAGGCAAGCGACACGGAAGGUGAAAUGCAGAUCAGUGACCCUCAAGCUCAGUUACCUGGCAUUGAGAGUGCCUUUGGAAUUGCACCUGUGGGCCAGAAUUUGUCCACUCUAGAAGAGCAUGACGAAAUGGGUGGGGAGAAUGAAGUUGGUGGUGGGGGUGGUAGUGAGACCCCUCAAUCUGCUACCUCAGCUGCAUCAUAUGGCUUUGACUACAUAACCUCAAACUCCAAUGCCCAGUCAUCUGCUGAGAGUUGUAGCAAGAGUCCUGGCAUCUUUUCUCUAGAAAAUGAAGAGCAACUCCCAGAUGAGGCCAAGGAUCCAUCUCUUCUUAAAGAGUUGACCCUGAUACCUGCUACUGGAUCCGGGGAAAAGAUUGAUCCUGUCAAAUGUCAACAAGGGGAGUUUCAAGCCAACCCAGAGAAUCAAUACAUGCUGUGUGGAGAGUCCAGUGAGCUACCGGAGUCUAAUUCAGUAGUGGGAACUGUACCCGUAAAGUCAGACUUAACUGAUCCUUCCCCACAGCACCUGGAAGAGGAACAAGAUCCAGAGACUCAGCAUCCCUACUACUCCACUAUAUGCGAAAAGACUGAUAGUCCCCUGGCAGAAAGGAACUUUCCACCACAGCCAAAUGACUUGCUUUCCAUCCAAAUGACAAUGUCCUCCAAACUUCGUCUCCGACCACGUGCUUCCCAUGUGCCUCAGGCACCACGGCUUCCCACUGACCUGCCUCCCAGAAUACCAAAUGCAGUGUCAAACACUCAGCUGCGCUGUCUAGAGCAACACCAACAGCACCUUCAUGAGAUCCAGCAAAGACAGGAAAAACGUAGUCGAGAGCAAGAGAGACAAGCAAAAGAGGAGAUGCAAGUGAGAAAAGGGAAGCAGGAGGAAGAGGAGGAGGAGGAGGAGGAGGAACAGAGACGAAAUCUGCUCGAGUUGAAACUUAAACAGCAAGAGCAAGAACUGAAGCAGCGACAGCAGAUCAUGCAGUGGCAACAAGAACUUGAAGAACAACAGCAGCAGCAGCAGCAGCAAAAACACAAGGUGCAUACACCUGUCAUCCUAUCUCCUUCAACAGGUCUCACUACAAUCUAUGAAACUUUGGAAACGAGUGACUCUGAAGAUGGCGAAGAGGAGGGGAAACAAAGUGUGGUGGAGGAACUGCAAGAUAAAAGCUCCUUUAUUGUGUUUCCUGGAGAAGACACUCAAAGAUGCACAGACAAAAAUGUCUCUGCUAAUCCUUACACAACACCUUCCCCAGAGUCUGCUACUCAAGACUCGCAGCAAGAACUUAAGGAAACUGACACAGCCACAGACCAGGACAGUCCUUCAUUGGGAUCACCAGAACGACCUCCACCUCUGGAGUUUGACUGGGGAAAGAAGGUGGACAUUGUCCAGCAGCUCAUCAACCAGACUUUAUUGCUUACAGGUGAUGGAUGCUCCCCGCUUCUUUUGCUACCCGGAAGAGCCGGUGGGACACUCAGCCCUCUCGAAAGCAGCAUGUGGCCCAACUUGCUGCCACCUCUGACGCCCCCAUCAGCCACCGUGACCUCUGUGAGCAGCUUCUCACCUGAGGCUCCCGGCAGCUCUGCACAGGGUGAGUGGACUGUUGUAGAGCUGGAGACUCACCACUAAGCGACUUGCCAAAUAUAAACUUCUUGAUUCAAAAGACUUAAAGUGAAGGUCCACCAGUAGGGAAGUGCAAGUUUCAUUAUAUCAGGGGUGUCACUCCCCGCAACCCAGCACAGUUUAGGUUCAACACCCUCACCCGUGGGUUUUAAACAAGCCUAAAGGACUCCAUUAGAUUGAUCAGGUGUGUUUAAUUAGUUCCUGGAGUGCCGCAGGUCUGCACAGCUUGAUUCCAACCCUGAGUUUGACAACUGAGCAUUAGGUAAUGGUGUCUUCUCUUCACAAAAUCUUAAGGAGGAUGGUGAUCAUGGAGUACUUCUAGUAUCUGCAAUAUUUCUGCAAAGUAGAAAAUUCUGUGAACCAUAAAAGUGAUACUGCAGGACAGUGAGCUGGACUUCUCUAAGAUCUUGCUUUUUAUUUGAUUCAUCUUUACUGGGAGUUCUUCUGUUGCAGUGAGCUUUUACUGCCACUCCCCACCCAUCCUAAAGCAAUAGAACACAACAGUCCUUAUUUAUGUCCCUGAUAAAGCCUCCCUGCCAAACUGAUUGGCCAUAUCUAACCUGCCCCCAUGCAAAAAAUCCAUUUAAGGCUUAAGGUUUAAUGGAGAUGUCUGGCUGGCUAUGACUAUUUGCAUUUAUCUCUUAGUCAUUAAUAAGCCCUCUACCCACAAUUGUGGCAAAAUGCCAACUCAGUGACUGAGCAAGUUAAUACAAAGUGGACUCUGCUGUUCUUCCUCAGAGUAAAGGUUCUGUGAAAUGGAUACAGAUCCAAGGUAAAUUAAAACGAGCAGGUUUCAAAAUACAGAUCAAGCUGUGUUUUUGUUGUACUAAGGUGGUUUUAAAAGACCAAAUGGUUUAAUUUGACACUCAUUCUAUUGUAAGGCACAAAAUGGUGUAACAGAAGAAUAUAUUUUAUGGUUUAAAACAUUUUUCAGUCUGUAUCUAAGCUUAGUUUGUUAUUUCUACAGCUCCAAUCUACAGAAACCUGUAUUACAGUUUUCCAAAGCACAAAUAGCUACUCACUUUUAAACCUUUUAAGAGUUUGGUUUAAAAAAAAAAGUAUAAAUAAAACAUUUUGCACAUCUGUAUCAUCUGAGAAAUAGCUGACAUCAGAACCUGCGCCAUUUUAGGAUGCAGGUUCGUUAGAAAUAUUUUAGACUACAGGUUUUCAAUCCAGUUCCUGGAGAGCCCCAGCUCUGCACAGUUUAGUUCCAACCCUGCUUCAACACACUUACCUGUAGGUUUCAAACAAGCCUGAAGGACUCGAGUUUCAUCAGGUGUGUUUAAUUAGGGUUUAAACUAAACCGUGCAGAGCUGCGGCCAUCCAGGAACUAAGUUUGACACCUGUGUUUUAGACGGACAUACUGCAGCUACAUCAAAUGAUCAUCUUUACUGUGAACCUUUUGAACACUGUGCCUCCCUUACCUUUCUGCAUGAUUAGUAUUUAUCUGAGGAAUACGGAGCAGCUCUUAUCGCCACACUCAUGCAGUUCGAAUGAGGUUUGCUGUGCCUGAGAUUGAUUCCCAUAUUUCGAGAGCUGGAAAAACUUUCUGCUGAAUGAGCACUCUCUUACACUGUGUCACAAUAGUCGUCUACCAAGUGUUUACUUUCCCCAGUUGGGGACAAAUUGUUUCAUCUCAUUUAGUAUGGAUGGGGAAAUUGUCUUUAUGUGCUCCGCAUUGUUCUGUCUCUCUUCUGAAAGUCUAAAUUAUCGGGAUAAGUAAUUCCAGAGGAAGGCCCUAAUGUGUUUAUUUAGCUUAAUAACAUAUGCCUAAUGAUAUACAUGAAUGAAUAUUUGUGUGUGAGAGUUUGUCUCCUAUCUGAAAGUGAAAAUUGGUUAUUAGAGCUUCAUUCGCCUCUAUUAUAUGUUGUUGUGUGUAAAAUGACAUGUAUUAUUUUAAAGGGAUCAUGUUUAAAGUUUAUUAUUAUUAUGAAGUGAGAAAACCAUUUUGAUUCGAUGUGUGUUGUACUGCCUACUCGUGUAUUGUUGUGACAUAGCAGACUUUUAGAUAUGUAGCUUGACACUGUAAAGAUAGGAGCAUUUAUUUAAAUGAAAGGUUUUAGGAUAUAUUAAAGAAACCGAUUUCAAUUCUGAUCAGGGAACAAAGGGAUUCCAGGUAAAAAAAAAAUUCACUGUAUUAUGACUGAACUACUGUUGUACAAACUUGACAUAUCACAGUUAAAAAGAACAUGCAGGGGAAGCCAUAUUAUAGCUUCACAAACCAGCAGAGUACAAAAAUAUAUCAAAUAAUGCACUGAAAAUAACUUUAAACUCAGAACUGGGAUGAUUUACAAAAGGAAUAGUGAAGGAAAACAACAACGUUGUUCAUAAUGCUCUGACCUCUACAUUGAACUUUAUCAUAAUGUUUUCCAGCAAGUGUGCAGAUACUGCUGCUUUUGUUUAGUACAUCUUUUCCCACCUUCAUUGUGUAUAUUUUUGUAAUUUAUUAUUUUGAAAUGAAGGAUUAUUCUGUUGUUGUUUUUUUUAUAUAGAGAAAAGUAGGCAGUGGACCAAAGCUGCCAGCAGGUUUCGUUUCUGGACUUUGUAACAGAUUACCUGGAUGGCCACUGUAUUUGAAUGUUUUCAUGAAAAAUAAAGCUGGUUUGGAAUUAAA